AUGAGUGCAGCUGCUCCCUUGCCUCCCCCAGGUCCCCGCCCCACACAUGCCAUGAACGGUUACCCCAAUGGCGCUUCCGGUCCUGGUGCAGAUGGCUGGAGGGGCAGCGAUGCAGGAGGGCCUCGAGGCGCUGGGGGACCUUUUCCCCCAAUCGCCGAGAUCACCGCCUCUGCGACAGACAAAGUGAAUGAAAUGAGAGGCCUGACGAUUGGACAUCUCCUCGAACAGGCCAAAUAUCACAUGAGUCAGGCCAUAACAUCGAUCAACGGUCGCCAGUCACCUGCCGCUGCUUUUUGGGAGUAUCUCGUUGCAUACAAAAUAGUGGUCGAGAUCAUACCCAGGCACAGAGACUACAUCGACCGCGUCGAGACGACCCGCGGCCAGCUGCAUCGAGAUUUCAAUCAGGUGCUCAAGGAAGUCGGAGCAAACGAGGAUAGAUUUACGAAUAUCAAGAACAUCAUCACCAACGACAAUAAACGCAAUGGUGCCCAGCAUCCACCUUCACAGCCCGCAUCACGGCCGACUUCGUCCAAUGGCUUUCACAUGCGACGUGACGACGAACUCAUGCUUCCUAACGUACCAUCUGGUCCGCCAGUCGGUCUGUCAACGCCAGCAGUGCCACCGGAAUCUCCACGGCGAAAACCACCUGUCCAGCCAAAACCUCAGUCGCUGCACGGUCGUGCUGUUCACCAGAGCACAUCUUCCGUCAACAGCGCAUCCUUCAACGAUCUCGGCGAACGAUUUGCGAAGCUUAGAGGCGCUGCUGCACCAAUAGACACGUCUUCCGGACGCUCGAGCAUGGAUCUCUCGGUGAAGAUGCCCUCUCCUUCGGACUACUCAUCCCAUCCUCGAGGCCCUCGUGGUAUGCCUCCGCCAUCACACCUGCCACCACCACCUCCUAUAGCACUCAAUACUCAAUGGGCAGCCUCUUUACCGAAAGAACCGAGCCCUACUUAUAGCCCGGCACGAAACCUCUCUCUGCCCAGCAAUAUCAAACCUCCCCGUAGUACGCCUCGGAGUAUGGUUGGUACAGGUGGCCGAACAAACUCCGUUGCCUCUAGUGCAUCUUAUCAAGCACCGAAUACGAAUGGACAGUCCGACAGUUACUUCCCACAACAGUCCAAUGCGUCGGUGGAUCCAUCGUUGAGAAGAAAGUCUGUUAGCAAGCCCGCGGAAAGCCAGAUCACUGCCGAAAGGCUAUACGAUUAUAUUCGAAUGUACAACGUUCUCUUGAUAGAUGUCAGGAGUAGGGAGGAAUUUGAUGCAGGCCACAUUUUCAUUCAUACGAUUAUGUGUAUAGAGCCGGCCAGUCUCCAGGAUGGCUUCUCUGCCGGACAGCUUCAGGAUCGACUUGUCAUCUCACCCGAUGAAGAGUUGGCUUUAUUCGAGCGACGGAAUGAGUUUGAUCUAGUAGUCUACUAUGACGAGUCUACAAAAACAAACUCGUUCCUGAACAAAUACAACCCGAACGAGCGCGAACGACCCCUGAAGCAAUUAUACGAGACUUUGCAAGAGUUCAACCAUGAGAAGCCUUUACAACGACCGCCUAUCUUCUUAAUGGGAGGCAUUGAUGCUUGGGCUGAUCUUGUCGGCUCUCAAGCAUUGAAGAUGACAUCGACCGCUGCGUUGGUUGCCAGCGGCCAGACAAGGACCCGUCCACUGCGGCGUGUACCACAUCCAACGCGUCUUCUGACAAGCCGAAAGACCUCUGGGAGACGCGACUACACGCCUAUGGAUCUUGAAGAGCAGAAUCGUUUGUUAGAGGAAGCACGACGGGGGCGCGCAGUCGUUGAGCAACCUCCACAGGAGGAGGACGAAGACGAAGUCGAUUCGCCCAUGUAUCGAACUACUGAAGAGUUCUUGCGAAGAUACCCCGACUUGGACGACCAACAAUCGAUGAUGUAUCCUCCAUCACGACCACAACAAGCGAACCAGUAUAUUCAGCCUUCAAUACCUCCUGCGCCAUCUCGACCAGCACCAUCCGUUCCUAGGCCUAGUUAUACGGGAGUUCACGAACGGCAACUCACUCGCCAAUCGAGCGGAAAUCAGCCACCAGUGUACGUGUCGAGUGGUCGUGGUGCAUCGAACCGCCUUCACAAGACUGGUCUGAUCAAUUUUGGGGUAACCUGUUAUAUGAACUCGGUAGUCCAGUGCCUGAGCGCCAAUCCGAACCUCACCGCUUGGUUCCUCAGUGGACGAUAUGCGGAGUAUCUGCAGAAACGGAAUUGGAAGGGGACCGAAGGAAUUCUUCCCGAAGCCUAUGCAACGCUGCUGUCGAAUUUGUACAAGGGCGACACUUCUGCUAUUCGCCCGUCCACCUUUAGAAAAGUGUGCGGACGAUUCAACCAAACCUGGCAAAUCGACGAGCAACAGGAUGCAAAAGAGUUCUUAGAAUUUGUGCUUGACAUGAUGCACGAAGAUCUAAACACUGUCUAUAAUAAAGCGCCCCUUCGUGAUUUGACGGAAGAGAUGGAAAUGGCUCGCGAACAGCUUCCACGACCAUACGCUGCGAAGAUUGAAUGGAAUCGCUACCUUCAUCGCAACAGCUCCUUGAUCGGGAAUCUUUUCGCCGGACAGCAUGCGUCACAACUUACGUGCAAAAAAUGCGGAAUCACGAGCACCACCUACGAAGCCUUCUGGAGCAUCAGCGUGGAGAUUCGACAGGACAAGGCAUGCGACAUAAGAGACUGUCUACGCAGUUACUGCUCUGUUGAGACUCUCGAUUCAUCUGAUACCUGGAAGUGCCCGCGCUGCAAGAAACAGCGUGAAGCGACCAAAAAAAUAACUCUUACGCGCGCACCAGACACGUUAGUCGUACACUUCAAACGCUUCAGCGCUUCGCACGGCCAAGCCGCGAGGAAGGUUCGCACACCCGUGUCCUUCCCGCUCCAGGGUCUUGACAUGGGACCCUUCAUGGAGCCGCCCAUUACACCCGAAGGCGAAGCCAAAGCGCGCGCCAACAACACACAGGCAGAUAUGCAGCUGGCGCAGUUGAAGACCGAUCCUGCGAUGAACCCACCAUACAUGUACAACGCGUAUGCUAUCAUUUUCCAUCAUGGCGCGACGCUCGGGAGUGGACAUUACACGGCUAUGGCUAAAGAUCAGGCGAAAGGGUGCUGGCGAAACUUCAACGACGACCGCAUACGAGACUUCGAGCCGAUGCAGAUGCCGGCAGAAGACCGCGAGAAGGCUUACGUCGUAUUCUACCAGAGAGAACGAGUCGCUGGCGGCAUCUAG